AUGGGAAGAGAACAAAAUUAUAAAAAGAAAAGUUUUAAAAAUGAAUCACAUCAGAAAAAAAUUGUUAACAACAAAAUCAUAUUUUUUAAUAUGAUUUAUUUGAUGAUACUCUUCGUUGUUUGUUUUAUAGGAGGUAUAUUGUUGGGCUUCUUAACCACAUCAUAUACAGCCGAAAUAAAUAUUAUUCAGAAUGAUGAUAAUGUAUUUCAAUUUUUAUCAAAAAAUGAUAAGAUAAUUAUAGGUGGGAAAUUAAAUAUACAAUUUAGAGUCGAUAACAAAACUAUGUUAUCAUAUGUAUUUAAUUCUGAAAGUGUCAAAUAUUUUUAUUAUCCAGUGGGACAAAAUAGUAACUGUUUGUUGUAUAACGGAGGUUUAGAAGAAAAAACAUCAAAUCAGGAACCUCUAAAAUAUAAAAGUGAAAUUAGCACACCAUUAUAUAACGAUGAAAAUAUAUUUCCUACAAAACUUACUAUUAAGGUAGAUUAUAAUAUUUUACACUCGUCAUCCAAAGUAUACACAUUGCCGUUACAUAUAGGAUAUGAAAUAUCACAUGAUCAUAAAUAUGAAGUUCAGUCUAUGUAUAAUGACUGUAAACGUUUUCAUAAAAUUUAUUUUUCUAUAAAACUAGAUCAGUUAUAUAUGUCCAACGAAUUAAGAAAAAUAUAUAAUGAUAAAAGUUAUGAAUUCAUAUUUUAUUGUAAUUGUUAUAUGGAUGAUAAGGUACAUGCUUAUUUUAAUGUUUACCCCAUAUAUAAAAAUGUCAUUUUAGAAAAUUUAAGAAACAACCCUAAACUUUUAAAUUGA